AUGAGCCAACCUGCAGAUCGCCACGAGGCUCUGGACGACGUUGCGCAUGGAACAAGCAACUCGAGACCCCCGCAAGUCACAUUUGAACCUCUCACAAGUUUUAAGCGCUCCCUAGAGGAAGUCGUCGGCUUUGACUUGCCAAGCGAUGAGCCCUUGCACGCCCUCGCCGUCUCAACUGCGGGCGAAUUGAGACCACGAACAGGUCACGAACAAGCGUCUGGGAGACACUUUAUUUCUAGCUCCGAAGUUAUAGUCAUACCCGAUACUACCUCUUCAUCUACUUCUCAAUCGUAUCCAACCAAUAGCAUGCCCAGCGGAGCCUCCGCGCUGGCUACACGCCGCUCGUCUCAGGCCACACCUCCUCUACUGCCCCCAAUCGAUAGCCAGUCGCAUCUUUUGGAGCUCAUUUCCGACUUCUCUGCACCAUCACAGCGCGUAGAUGCCUCGUUGCGGCUACACAGUCCCACGCAAGAGACAACCGGAAGCUCGAGCACCAGCGAAACUGAGAUAUUCCUGUCAAGCUCUAGGCGUCCCGAAACACUACGAAUGCAUUUGAACGGCCUACGACAACGGCUCGCUGCCACUUCUUCGUCAUCGCCUUCCUCUUGGGCUUCCUCGACUACCAACCCGAGCUCCAAUCCCGUCACUCGACGACUGAUUCGAAACGCUUCGAGUCAGCAACCGCAGCCCACCGACGUCAGACGAAGCCAGAGCGCUAAUGCUCGGACAGUGUCAAACGGCGCCACUGCAGGACCGUCGAGACUGUCUUUGGACCGUCCAACAUCUCAUCGCUCACCUGAACUCCCACCUAUCGAUACGUCUGAUCACGGUCUCGGCGGUCUUUCCAGUUUGCUCUACGGUGGAGAGCCACCAGCAAACGUGCGAACAUCGUCCGUAAGCAAUGCAGAGAGAGACGGCAAUUCAACCUCUGCGGCCCUACAACAUCUCGUGGCUCGCUCCGGUGGCUUUAUUCCCUCGCGUCCCUUUGUCGAAUCCCCAAGUCCACCCACGGCCACGACUCCGAUUUCCCAACCACUCACCAUGACAUCGCUCACCAUCGAAUGGGAUCGAAUACGGGAAUUUCAAGAAGCUAUCGCUCCUCUGAGGGCCACGCCGUCCCCUGGUCCUGGCCCCGGUCCCUCCAAUCGUCCACACAGACUAAGAGGACCCUUCCCUCCUGUGCUACCCCAUCCUUUCGAAGAGGUUACGAGUCCCUCGACUCCCGGUACAGCAGAAGAAGGUCUCGGUGGAUACUUUUGGGAACGACAGAGAGCAAACUACCGAGACGAGCUUCGGUACAUUCACAACCUCACCACCGUUCUGGAUGAACGUGAAGCAGACCUCACGCCAGUGCGCUCAAUCCCGAUGCUGCCGCCAAUCGUGCAAUCACCCCUCUUGGUCGUGGACGACGGGCUAAACAUUGGCAACGAAACGCCAACCACUGCCGAUGCAAGAGGAGAUGACGAUGAGAGCGAGUGGGAAAUUGGCGAAGCACCAGCCGAGAGGGUCAGGGAAGCUCGACGAAAUCUUGGACGGGCAUCCAAUGGCGACCUUGCAGCACCUCGCGAAGCAAGAGCACCCAUCCUGGAACUACCAAACUUUUCCACUACCAGUCUCAGCUUAGACUAUCAAGACAUGAGUCCGUCUUCGCCUUCUAGACCGAACCCGUUGUCGCUUCGGGUAUCCACCGAACAGAUGCGACAGAUGCCUACUGAGCACCUCCGACAGUUAAGGAGAGCGGCGGUUCAGUCGUUCCGCUCUCGUUCAAGAUCGUCUUUUACACCGAGCGUGCUUUCCAACGAUAGUGGCGAUUUACAUCCCAACGACGUGCGACCGGAAUCGGUUGUGAGUAAUGAGGACAUUAUUGUCGGUGUCCCGCCGAUGCUCGACGAACCGUUUGACCGGAGUGUGUGGCGAGCCCUGGAGAAUAGGAUACAGACGGAAACAAACACGCACAAUCACCAUCACCACAGAGCACACGCAGCUCAUGACCAUGCACAUGAUAAUAGCCGCUUAGGGGUCUCGACCUCCUCCCAUCUCACCGCCGGCGUUCUGGGACCUCGAGGGGAACCAAUUAACGAUGUUUCGUCCAAUGUCAGCGUCAGAUCUGCCGUCUCGUCGCCAGCACUUGAUUUUGAUGCGACUCGAGAUCGCCCACUGGAUGCUGAAUUCCAUGGCUUGAUCCAACAGCUAAACGAAAUGGCAGAAACAUCGUUGACCGUUCAAUCACUUCCAACCACGUUUAAUGUGCCGUCGACUACCGUAUCUGGUGGUACAGCUCGGUCUGUCGCUCGAAACUCGAUGAAUAGGAGGCUCCCGCAUGCGAGACCUGCUGCGGCUGGAGACGGAUCGUCGCUUCGAUUGGACCAUGCUCUACGGCAAGAGUAUGCCAACGUGCUGGAAGGAGUUUCUCCGGACACGACGAGACUGAACAGUCUAGCAAUGGCAUGGGUAGAAAGCGAGACACCACGGCGAACUCCUCAUCCGCAGAGUUUUAGUCCUACGCGCUCCUGGCGAACCCACCGGGCAGGUCACACUCCCGUCUCCGAAUUCCAGCUAUUGGACGAGUACUGGACCAACAGCAACCCGGUUGUGAUGCAAGACAUCUCGCGAGAGCUCGAGUUUAUGGAGAGAUACUUGUUGGAUAAUCGCCCAGAGAAUCCACGCAGUCAGAGUCGUUCAUUCUCACCGAAUUGGGAUGCCGAUGAUCCUCUGAGCGGCUUCUUGUCUGACGUUGGCUUUGACGGAUCAUAUGAAGCACUCAUGGAAUUAUCCGAGCAGCUCGGUGUGGUUCCUCGAGGAGUCUCUGAUUCUGUCUUUGCAACACUUGAAACCUCGCUGUUUAGGGACAUUGAACCUCAGCUCAUGGCGCUUGCAUCCCCUGCGCUCAGCUCAACGUCAAUGUCCAAGCACCAACGACACUUAUCCGAUCUGACCGACCCCAACUCGCUCGAAGCAACGAUAUCCAAUGCUUUGGUCUCUUCCUCUUCUCCUGCAUCUCCGACUCGGACGUCCUUUACGACCACCACACGCAUGCACCGCGUAGAGUCGGGAAAAUGGGUAGCCCAGUGCUCGAUUUGUCUCGACUCUCGUGCCUUCGGGAAUGGUUCAGAUCCUCGUGCACGUGUCCGUUGUGCCGAUGCGAUUACAGAGGCAACGACUGAGGGCUCCUUAUGA